AAUAAAUAUCAGAGAUUUUUAGUGCUGUUUUUUUUCUCCUGUCGAAAAAAAUUGUUGGUUAUUUUCGAAAAGAUUUUUUAUAACAAUUAAAAAAAGGGUAUGUUGGUUCAUCUUAGUGCCUUUUCUGCCUAAGAAUUUUGUUUUUAACCAUUUUUGUUUCCUCUGAAGCUAGUGGGUGCAAUAUUAUUGACCUUACUUAACCUAAACAUGGGAAAUACUUCGAGCAAUCGCCGAGUGACUGUUGUAAAUGAUGAUGUUGUCGGAGUAGUGCAAGUGUCCGAAAAUGUGGUUCGGAGGUUAAGGGGUGAACCUGAAAAACCUCCAUCUCAAAAGUUUCCAGAGCCGGCAAAAGAAUCUUCUGUGCCUCGAACCUUCACGCCUAUCGAACCUUAUUCCUCUACGUUAGAACAGCGACAAAAGUAUCACCACGAGUUCAAGAAAGCUGAGAUGUCGUGGCAGAAUCGCAUCAACGAAUUAGAAUCCCAAAAUCGUUUGCUGUUCGAAACUGCUAAAGAUAAAUUUGCAGUUCUACUUGAUGAAAUUGAGGAAAAGCACAUGCAAAACUCCUAUGCCCCGGUAUGCCCCGACAAGCACCAAAAAGUGCUGCAGUGCUACAAAGAAAAUGCUAAACUGCCUCUUAAUUGUUCCCGAGAAGUAAAUGAAUUUUUUGACUGUGUCGAGAAAGUUAGAAUGACUGCUUUAACUAAAUAACUCUAGGUGCCCCGUUUGUCAUUUUCAAUAGAAUAUAUAAAUUUCUUGUUACAAAUUUUGCUUUUAGAAUAAAUAAGUUAGAUAUCAA